GGUCCUUAUCGAUGCAUCGAUAACUUCAUAACUUUCUCUGGAAAUCAAAACACAAGUUGAAAUAAGAUUCUGCAAUAAAUAAAUUAUUGUACCUGAGCACCCGAUUAAGAGAAAAGGAACAAAGCGUUAGGGAGUAACAGUCGUUUAUCACCAUGGGUAAAGACUACUACAAAAUUCUAGGUAUCGAGCGGAAUGCCACCAACGAAGAGGUAAAGAAAGGAUACCGCCGGAUGGCCCUUCGUUACCAUCCAGACAAGAAUGACCACCCACAGGCUGAGGAGCAAUUCAAGGAGGUGGUGGCCGCUUUCGAAGUUCUCUCGAACAAGGAAAAACGCGAAAUCUACGACCAAUUUGGGGAGGAGGGCCUACGUUGUGAAGAUGGGCCGGAUCCAGCGACCUUCGCCCAGCCCACGUCAGACAUGGUACCUUUCAUGUGCGCCGUCGGGGGAACCGUGCUUUUCGCGUUUGCGGCGUAUAAAACGUUUCAAUUUUUCACUCGAAAAAAGGAACCAGCUUCAAAUACAGAUGGAUCGUCGUCGGACUAACCCUUCUACCUAGUCAAAAUCGAUAUAACUAAUUAUCUUUUCUCCGUUAAUAUUUCUCGAAUAAUUUCGGAUCAGUUGGUUUUUUCUUUGAAUUUAAUGUUAAAUCUUGUAAGUUUUCAAAAAAAGGACUAUUCUUUAUUAUUGUAUUAGAAAAUAUUUAGUGUAAAUAUCUUUUUCUAACAGAACGGUUCCUUUUUGAAGGGGCUUUUAUUUUAAUUGUUUAAAUACUGGAUAUGUGAUACUUCGAUUUCGAAAUCCUAAUUUGUAACUGAUCUGUACCUUAAGACGAGAUUAUAGAUUUCGAUUUCGAAAUCCUACUUUGUAACUGAUCUGUACCUUAAGGCGAGAUUAUAGAUAAGUUUAUUAACUUGUUGCAUUGUGCAAAGAACAGAUUUGUAAACAAUUUUAAUUGUUCUCACUCGUAUUAAUAUACACACUUAAUAUAAACCCUUUCCCUUGAAUUUGUAUAUACUAUAGUUAACAUAAUUCCAAUGAUGAAUUAAAAAAUAAAUGUAAUCGUUAUUCAUUAAACCAAUUUUUUUACAAGAGAUUUAACACUAAGAACAGAAAGCCAGCUUCGUAAGGAGGCGAAACUUGGCAGAAUACGGUUGGACAAUACUUAUUAGAAUUUCAUUACAAAACCAAUAAAGGUAUAUAUGAGCUAUAGGUUAUAUAUAGGUCGGCUGAAUCUAAUCUUAUGUUGUAGAUCGCAUCAGUUGAUACAACUUAAACAAAAUUCCAUCCUUCUAACUUAAAAAGCACGAAAGUAAUGAAAUCAGUUAUAUUUUAGCUAUAGGAUAAAAUCGACUGAUUCCGACUGAUCUUUGGAGUCAUGCUGAUCUAGAAUCAUCACCAACCAGGUCGGAGAUGUCUUGUUCACAUUCACAUUAAAUCGCAUUUGAUGGGCCAGGCACAGCAAGUGCACAUGAGAUUGCGGAGAUCUGGCUGAUAAAUGCUAAAUGAAACAAAUCACGCAAACAAUUUUUAUAUUUGGAAAACUAUUUUUAAACACUAGUAUUCAUAGCUUAUAGACCCAAAAAUUAUAAUUUAAAAAAACCUCUUGACGAGGUAAAGAACCGGUGACGAACCUGCAUGCGAAACCAAUUUUCAAUUUUAGUGACGAAAAUAUGCUAUAUAGGUUUAUAAAAUUGCAUAUAAAAAAUAUUCUAAUUCGGCACUAGAAUAUUUGAUAGCAUAAAUAUUGGACUACCGUCCACAGUGAUGCUAUCAAAUUUUGAAAAUAAAUAAAAUGUUAAAACUUAAAAUGUUAAAACUUUUUUAUUUAAGUAAACUAUUCACAAAACCGAUAAUUUUAAAGGCUUUUGUUGUGAUGUUCUGUGUCCUGUCCGAUAUUAAAUAAAUUGCAAUCGAUUUGAAUUUCGAUUUGGAGCUCGUACAGUGGCAGCUUAACUUAACUCUGCGAUCUAUCGAACCGCAGUUUACACAUAUGGAUGUACUUAUACUAAUAUACAUAAAUACGCACACGAGUUUAAUAAUUUGAGCUUUUACUUGGCUGUGCUGUGCGGAUGAAGAAAAUGAAUGAAGAAUUUGUGGAUUACUAUGAAGUUCUCGAAAUAAGUCGUGACGCCACACCCACGCAGAUUCGUGAAGCGUUCCGCAGGCAAGUUCUCAAAUGGCACCCCGACAGGAACCCGGUCGGAAAUGAGUACAUUAGGAAGAUAUACGCGGCCUACGAGGUCUUAGGCGAUCCAGAAAAAAAGUCUAUAUACGACAUGACGUUGGCAAAUUUUCCCCGGACGCGGUCCAGGAGCUACUUUUUCAUUCCAUCUUUUUCUGAUGGCAACGCCGGAAAGAUAAAGCUAGUAUGCUUUGUAGGAGGAGUGCUAGUGGUGGCCUACACUACCUACAAGCUGCUGCGACAAUCCCCUCCGCCGCCGGUGCCACCACUACUGGCGCUUCCAUCAGGGGAGACGCCGGUAGAACCAAUUGCCACCAUCGUCGAGGAGCUAAAUGCACCACACCCUUCAUCCAUCUGGACGCUGAUUUCAUGGUUGGCCGCUCUAAGAUCCAAAAGAAUAUUAAGAAACGGCAAACUUACACCAGGUCUUUCGCCAUCUUCUUCCAAUUCAACGGCUUCUUCUGCUGCCAAUACAAUUUUGAAUGCUCUAUCUUCUGGACCGCCCAACAGGAUUCCAUCAGCUGUAACUGGAAUGUCGAAAAACAUUAGCCCGGGACUGCAGAGCCAGGCAUCUGCUGCCAGUUCAAUUUCCCAACCAUUAGCGACUGUUGCGGAUAACGUGCUUUCAUCGGCAGCGAAAGUAGUGCCGAAGCCCGAAGCUUCUUCGGUAUCCAACAUAAUGUCGAAGACCAUAAAUCUUGGACCACCAAACGCCAAAUCCUCAGCUUCUUCGGUAUCCAACAUAAUGUCGAAGACCAUAAAUCUUGGACCACCAAACGCCAAAUCCUCAGCUUCUUCUUUGAAGUCCGAAAAAUUUACGGGAUAUAUAUUCCAACGGUGGAGACGAGUCCCUGGCUUUGCUAGUAAUUUAAAGCCCUUUACGAUUGCUUUUAAAAAUAACAUGGUUGAAGGAACCACCAACGCUUGGACAUGGACUGCUUUAAAGGCACGGCCCUAUAUAGAUUCUGUUCCAAACAAUGUCAUUGGCAUCGCAAUGGCUACGGCGUCUAAUGCCACGUUAAAAGGAGCAUCGAAAGUCAAAAGUCUGUUCUCGACGUCGAGGGCACUGAAGCCACAGCCCCGUACAAAUCCCGUUUCAAACGAAGCAGUUGAUGUGGCAACGGCAACGGCAUCCAAAGACACGUUAAAAGGAGCCACCAAUGUCGGAAGACAGUUGCCACAGGACGUGGGAUUAAAAAGUACAAAUGCCUCAGAGUCUAACUUUCAUCCGCCUUCUCCGCUGAAGGCGACAAUUUACAUUGGCGGAGGCAUUCUGGUUUUGUAUGGAACUUACAAAUUGGCAAAUGGAUACUGGAGCUCUCCUCCUCCACCUUCAAAAGCUGAAGUUAUUUCCAGUGCGAUGAGACAGGCUGGUAGUGCCUCUUACGAUGGAAUUAAAUCUGUUGGAGGUGCCUCCUAUAAUGUAUUGAAAUCUGCUGGUAGUGCCUCUUAUGAUGGAAUUAAAUCGGUUGGAGGUGCCUCCUAUAAUGUAAUGAAAUCUGCUGGUAGUGCCACUUAUAAAGCAAUGAACUAUACUGGUGAAGCAUCAAAAUCAGGGAUUAGUAAGAUCUGGAAGUAUGCAACUGGUUCGUAAAAAACCCAAUAAUACCUUUGUCCUUCUUUCGUUUUUUUUUAAAUAGUUAUGUACGAACUUUUGUUUGUUUUUUUCCAUAAACGCCACUUCAAAAUGUACUUGCAUGCUUUCAUUAAAGCUUUAAGUAAACUAUAAAUAAACAAUUAAAGGCAAAUAUAUAUAUUUUUUAUAAAUAAA